GAGAGAGAGAAGAAGAGCGGCAGGAUGUAGCGCCGCUGCCUUUCACUGCUGCGUCUCAAUCCUUGCCUGCGCAGCGGUCGGGGGGAGCUGCACGAAGAGGCGGACGUUUGUGACACCCCAUUGAGCAUCACAAGCCAGCAGAGGGACUGUGAGUGAAAUAUAAAGCCAGCUGCUUCUCUCCCGGCCCCCGGCCCCCGCCACCCCAAAAAAAUAAUGGAGCACCAGUUCCCGAUGAGAUUGUGGUGAGACUUGCGCAGCCCUGUCACGCCCACAGCGCCCCCUUUCCGCCCGGACGGCGCGCCACGCCCCGGUGCAUAUGAAAGGGUACCACGUCGGCCGCAGCUUGUCCCAGCAUUCCUCCGGCGGCGGCGGAGGAGGAGGGCCUUGUCACUGCCCACCCGAGGACUGCGAUGGCCCAGGCGGAGACUACUACCACGGUCAUGGCGACGGCCACUACUACCCCCCGGGAGGCCCGGCUGAGGCUUUGGCGCUGGAGAGACACCAUUCCCACUCCCAUUCUCACAGCCACUCGGGCGGAGGCACCUUCCCUCGCUCGCACCCCAGCCAGCAUCCGCCUUUGCAGUCGUUUGACUCGUGCGAGGAAUGCUUAUCGUCGGGUCACGGAGGUAAGAUGCACCGCAUCCCUCCCAACCUGAUGGACCAGUUUGAAAAGCGGGUACCCUUCCAUCCCGACGGCUUUCACACGCUGCAGUAUCAGCGCGCCACCAGCGGGGGCGCCGAGCAGCGCAGCGAGAGCCCCUCGCGUAUACGCCACCUGGUUAACUCGGUGCAACGGCUUUUUGCCAAGUCCCAUUCCUUGGAGGCUCCUUCCAAACGGGAGUACAACGGCACCAGAGGAGGCGGGGACUACCGAGGCGAGAGAGGAGGGGGUCACAGGAGCGCAGGGGAGGACGCCGGGGCCCACUACUCCGGCCACCAGUCUCGCUCGGCUCGGAGAAACAAGUCUCGAGAGCGCAGUAAGAGCGGGGACUCUCGGCACGAGUCGGGCAGACGGCACCGCGGCAGGACGGCCGGCUGGUGGAGCUCGGAUGACAACUUGGACAGCGACAGCAGCUUCCUGGUGAGCGGCGGCAGGAAAGGAUAUCCCGGCGGGCACGAGAGCCUGGACGCCGCCAUCCGGGAGCUCACCACCAAGAGGCCCAAGGAGCGAGGCGGCGGGCCGGGGCCUGCCGAGUGCGCGGCCUGUACCACCAUCGCGCUGGCGGGAAGCGAAGGAGGCGGACACCCGGGUCACACCGCUCACUCCAUGAAAAGGAGCACGUGGUCGGCCAUGACGGUCAGUCAAGCUAGGGAGGUGUACCCUUCUCGGGGAGGAGGAGGAGGCUAUGACAAAGCUCUGGUGCCCGUUGAGAACAAACUAAAGGAGAGGACUCUGCAUUACCUGCAGGUUCCCUCGGAAGACUGGGGGGGCGGAUACGGUGGCACGGACGGCGGCGGCGGCGGCGAGAUUCCUUGCCGUCGCAUGCGCAGCGGCAGUUACAUCAAGGCCAUGGGUGACGACGACAGCGCCGAUUCGGACAGCAGCCCCAAAGCCUCGCCCAAGUCCACCCUGAUCGCUCAGAGGGAUGCCUUCAGACGAUCCAUCAGCAUGGAUCAAAGGUAUUCAUGCAAGCAGUGUACGGACUCCUAUCCGAACAGCCGGACGACACCCAAGUCCCACGCGCGCUCGCGCAGUUACACCCGCUCGCUGACCAGCUCUCAGUUGGGAGACACCUUGGACAGACAGUUUGAGGCCGUGUGCGAGACCAUGUUCGGCGAGGUGGAGUCCCAAGCGGUCGAGGCUCUGGAUCUCCCGGGGGUGUUCCGCACACGUAGCCAUAGCUAUGUCCGUGCCAUCCAGGCCGGCUGUUCCCAGGAUGACGACUGUCUCUCCGUAUUCUCUCUGUCUGGUCCCCAGGGAAGCGUCAAGGCGGGAGCUGUCUUUCCUUACCGCAAAGGUGCUCCUCCCCCACUCCCGCCUCGCAUGUCCAAGUCUUCGCUGUCCGUGCGAGCCCAGAGCAGCACGGAGUCAACCCAGGACGCCUACUACCAGAGCAGCCACGGGCGCUGCAAACCGCACAGUAACUCGGUGGACCUGGGCUGCGCCGACGGAACUUCGGGACGCUCUUCCAGAGCGGGCUACUACGCAGCCGCGGGCCCGGGGCGUUCCCGGCAGCACAGUAACUCGGCGGAGAGCCUGGAUGGAGGGAUGAGGGGCUCGCGGGAGAUGGUGCCCUACGCGGGAGGUCCGGGAGUCGGCGUGCGGGCCAAACACAGCAGCUCGGCUGACAGUUUGCUGGAGGGCCCGCCGAGGGCGGCCCGGGAGAGGGACGGUCGGGUUGGGGGAAGCCUGGGGAAGUCGGUCUCCCUGCCGCAGAACAGCAUUGUUUUGAGUAAAGCCGGAGGGCAGGACGACGGAUGCGGUGGCAGGAAAUGGAGGCCGUCCAUCGCUGUGCAGGUUGACAGCUCAGAGACUCUGUCCGAUUCAGACGCAGACGGCAAAGCUGUGACAGAGGUUCAUUCAAUCGGAGUGCAGGUGGAAGAUGACAAAAGACGGGCCCGUUUCAAGCGCUCCAACAGCGUGACGGCGAGCGUGCAGGCCGACCUGGACCCCGAGGGCUUCCCGGGGCUGAGCGUCGCCGUGCCAAUGCAGGACAAGAGUCUCCAAUUCGGUUGCUCCUUCCAACGGCAUUCGUCGGAACCGGAGUCGGCCGGCCAGUACACGGAAUGCCACCGCACCGUGCAUACGCAGGGGCAGUGGGCUUAUCGAGAGGACUUUAUCCAGAGUGGCUACACGGCAGAGGCUUGCCCAGGAGACCCACGGUCGCACCAGCAUCAGCACCUUCCUCCGCGUUCCCAUUCGCCACUCCCCCUCAGUUCAGAACGAGGGUGGGCGGGCACACCCUCCUUGGAGGGUCCCCGCAGCCUGCCCGACUCGGGUCGAGCCUCCCCCUGCAUGAGGGACGGAGAAUUCUUCUUGCGCCUCCUGCAGACCGAAGUGGAGAGGAUGGAGGGCUGGUGUCAGAACAUGGAACGGGAGGCGGAGGAGAAUGAACUCCCAGAGGAGAUUCUCGAGCUGAUUCGCAAUGCAGUUGGCAGUGCUCAGAUGCUCAUGUCUCAGAAGGUUCAGCAGUUCUUCCGUCUCUGCCAACAAAGUGUGGACCCGUCGAGUUACCCCCAGCCCACCACUCAGGACCUAGCAGGCUUGUGGGACCUACUUCAGCUCAACAUAGAAGACAUCCGGGUCAAGUUUCAGGAUCUCCAGAGGCUCAAAGACUCUGGCUGGAAACUGCCCGUAGAAAAGAAGGAAGACAAGAAGCUUCCUCCUCCCUUACCAAAGAAGCCAGCGGGCGGGGUGAGUGGCAGCCUCCGGGCAGAUAGCGUCGGUGAAGGAGGGGGCGGAGGCGGGUCGGGGGGCCUGGUGGUGCCUCGGCUCGGGGGACACACCCUACCGCUGAGGGAGAAGUCUCUGGACCUCGUGGAGCGUCAGAGGACAGAAGCAAGGAGGAGGCUGCUACAGACCAAGCGUACCGCCUCCUUCAGGCAAAAUUCAGCCACAGAGAGCGCAGACAGUAUCGAAAUCUACAUUCCCGAAGCCCAGACUCGACUCUGAAAUCCACCUCGGCCAUUUCGCUCCAACCUUUGCGGCUCUAGAUUAUCUGCAGGUCAUUUUAACUCCUCCGCUUCCUCCAAAAUGCACUUCCCAUUACUCUUAAUUCCGUUCGCAAGCAGUAACAGCCAUUUGGGUGUCUUGAAAAUUGCACAUAUUACUGACACAGAGGCCUAAAAAAAAUGUAGGAGUAGCAAAGAGAUAUGAAUUAUCACCUAUUUAUAGAGUUAUUUAUGCAUUUAUUGUUUUGCCGAGGACAAACAACAAACGCCGUUCAUCUUGUAACAGCGAAUUGCUGAGAAUCUCGCCCUCGCUCGUAGCAUGCCCGGUCAUGUUCACCCAGCACUUGUACAUCACUGAAAAUAAAGGGCUUAACAGGCACAAAACCUCCACCGCGGGAGAUGACGAGACUUCACCGAUUCCCUUUGCCACCCUUGGACAUUCGUUGGCUGCGAUAUCCAUACUCUUCACCGACACUGCCAGUAUGGAGAAAGAGGCACGCCCUGAUGGUUCGCUGUCCCUGCCUAUUCUUCGCACCGGAUUUUGCUUGCUUUAGCAUCGAUCACGUUCAUGAAGGAAAAGAGCAUCUGACCACACUUGGGGGUGAAAAACAUUUUUUUUUGUCUUUCAUGUGAAAUACUGUCUUGUGAGAAAUGAGUCGUAAUGGGACAAGAGCAGCCAUCGUCUUUGGAGGAAAAGGGCACGGCACAUGAAUAGCGUCACAAUGUUAGGAGAAUGGUCCCAUUUUGGGGGAAAUAUCAGAGUCAAAAUAUGAGAAUGAAGUUUUCGAUGUAACGUGACUUUAUUCUUGUCAAAGGACUAUUUCGCCCAUCACAUUUUCUAAUAUUACAAUUGUAUUCCCCUUAAUAUGCAAAUCUAUAAUUCCUUUUUUUCCCCCACACAUUCUCCUUUCAACGCCAGAUUUUCUUGAAUGAACAGUUGCUAUUCGGUCUCAUUCUUGCCAAACGGAGCCUUUGACGGCAAGGCAGCAUCACAGGCCAUAAAAAUAGUCAAGUUCGAUUGGCUGAAAUGCCUUCUCAGGACACCAGCGAGGGGAGACGGGGAGGGCUCCAUUUCACUGUGAGGUUAGAGCACCACCACGUGGUCAAUUACAGAAGAGCAGCAGUCCGAACAAGAUGCCCUUACGAAAACAGCCAUACAUGACAAUGACGGAAAGAGGUGAUUGCCGUUGACCUGCUCUUGAGUGUUUUCUUUGAAUAUUGACUCGACUCAAUAGUUAAAAGCAAGAAUGGCCCAUCUUAUUUAUCAAGAUGAGCAGUCUCAGCAUGGGAAAUUGCUUCCAAAUAGAGUGGCCACAAGAUGAAAACAAACUUUCCAUUUCAGUGGCGGGCCGUCCAUUGCAACCUUAGACCUUCAGUGACGUCACAUACAUGAACACAAUAUAGUAUAGGCUCGUCAAGCAGCACUUAAUUUCAGGACCAUUUAAAACCAUCACGUAUGAAUUCACAAGUAAGAGCAGGAAACUCAAUUUACAGAUAUUGUCAAAAAUAAGAAGAUUUAAAAAAGACUCAAUAAAAUGACACUGUGAUCCAAAACAAGUCUGUCCAAUAAAUUGCGCAAUGUCGCAGUUUCAUAUAAGACACCAACCACACAAUAACAAAACAAACUAUUCUUUGAAAAUAAAGUGAACAGAUCAUUUGCAUUUUGAGAUUAGGCUAUACAACAGCAAAUAACUGAAAGGGUUGAGCAGUGUCAUUUUAUUUCAUGACCAUUAAUACUAACGAAAUAAAAUAAGAAAUGUCAACUAAAAGUCAUUUACUCACCAAUGUAGUGCCUGUUCACAGAGCUGCAGAUCCGAGUGUCCCCAAACGUUUCUAAAUGCACCGUAGCUUGUAAGUGCCCAGCCGUGCUCUGUUUCCUUGCUGCCUUGGUAAAACAGCUUCAAUUGGUAAAGCCAGUGGAAGGUCCGUCUUGCAAAUUGUGUGGAAAGUAGUCCUGCAACCAGAUCAACGUCUUCACCCACGGCCAUUUUGGGUCAAAAUGCAGCAACAGCUCUCUCUAGCAGUCCAAUCACCAAACGCUCAACGUAAACGCUUCCAGCUGGCCCUGGUAUGCAGACUCGUUAUCUGAUUGGCUACUGCAACCUGACAGUGCCCGUUCAUUUCCAGCCCACAAGGGCCUGCUGUUUCAUCUGAAGGCCCCGAGCAGGUUUAAUUUACCUGGCAACGCAAGCUAUCUGAAAUAUGAUUGGUUAAAAACUCUACCAUAAUAAAUAAGUGAUUUAUCGAGUGGCUUUUAAUUUUAAUUUUUAAUUAUUUAAAAUAACAUUGAAAGCCACUCGACUAAGUGGAAAUAAUAUGACGUAAAGAAUACAGAGAAUCAUUUUUGUUGACAUAAUUAUGAAAAUAAAAUAACAUAAAUUAUUUUUUUUAUUCUCAGAAAGGUACAUUUAUUAAAUUUACCUUUCUGAGAAUGUUUAGGCCAGCAGAGAAGGCCUUGCUGGCCCUGACAGAACGCCACUGAAAGAAAGUAAGGACACGUUUGUAUCGUCGAUAUUUUCCAUGGACGUUUUGUACGACAACGCUGAUGCGAAUGCAGCGGCCACCUGCUGGCAAAGUGAAGUGAUGAAAAAAAGCACUGAAAUUCAGCCAGUAGCAUGAUUUUCUUUCCUCCGAAUAUCUGAAUGGAACCUGGCAAAUAUUUUAACAGGAGAUGUAUAUUUUAUAACAUAAUCUAACAUUUAGAGAUAAAUAGAGACUAUUGAGUACAGUGUACAAAGAGGCCUAUAUCAAAAUGUGACAUAUUAUGAUAACGAUGAUAAUUACGGUUAUGUAGACAUGUGUGACACCAUUGCUGUGUGGCAUAUCCGGAUGCAGCACAUGCGAAAAGAUGGCCGAAGUGCUGGGUCAGGUUCACAGGGUUUAAAAAAAAAAAACAUUGUGAGUUGCCAAGUUGAGCUUUUACAUCUUCAAAUGACAUAUCUUCACCUGUCAUACUCUCCUUCCCUCUGUUUCUACUUUCGAAACCAACGACAUGUGCCUAACCAGCUAUGCGUGGACGUUACUGUUCAAGUUUACAGUUUGUACAUAUGUGAGACGUGUACAUACGGAAGGAGCAAAUGUUGAGAGAUGAGCUUCAAGGAAAAAUGUUUCAUUGUAGUUUCAGGCCCUCCCUUGUCACCCCUCACUAGGACUAUGCCUGGACUACUUUCUGUUGGCACUGCAUGUUUUGAAAGAGAGCAGACGAGAGCUCAUGUUUGUAGCUUUCAAAAUCUUUGUUCAGGAGCUCCUUAAGAGACUAGAUUAGCGGCAAAGGACACACACGUGCUGAAGCAAAGGUGAACCCAACUUGACAACAUCUGAGUGGUGAUUGAGGCUCAUCCAACAAAGCACAAAGACCUGCUUCUUUUUUUUGUUUUUUUUAAUAUACUCUUACACCACUGUGAAGGACUCCCGACUGAUCUUUUCAUCGCGGGGAUUUAUCCACAGUAGCAACUUGUUCUUCACUUCUGAAGUGGAGCCUUGAGUGAAUCACAUAUAGCUUAGUUGCUUUUUUUUUUUUAAUAUAUUGCCUGUUGCGCUCUAUGUGAACAGUGCAAGGACUCUCGCGAUGAAUUGCGAGGUCUCGCCAAACGCACCGGACCGACGACACCACAAACCACCUGUCAACUCUUCCUAAAAGUGCAAAAAGCCCACACUCAGAGCCAGAUGACCCCCCCCCCCCCCGAGUACCUCAGCCUUUGCGACCCGGGCCGCUGUCCUCAGGGGAUUCUCCAUACAACAACGCAACUGACAAAAAAAAAUAAAAUACAAAAAAAAUAAUAUAGGACAAACACAAUCGAGUGCUUUUUAAAACUGGUGAUAUCGGACAAUUUGCUGCAACUGGAGAGCGCCACAGUCGCGAACAAGGUGGACACAAGUGUAUUUUUGUGAAGGCGGGGUCUUGCAGCUGCAGAUUUGAGUUUUCGGUGGGCAUUUCUAUGAGGCUGCUCUGCUGGUAUUCAUCGUCCGAAAGGACUUUUUUUUUUUUCAACAUUUCAUUUAUAUCCCUUACAAGGGGCUGGAUUUUGACUUGCUCGUUUAUUCUAGAAUUAUUUGUUUUCAUUUGUCUAAUUCUUUUCAUAACAACGAUUAAUAAAUACAAGUUAGUCUUCAUAGGAUCUCAGCAAAAGGUCAAAUUGACUCGAAAAUGACAAUUUCAAAAUAAAAGGUCUUUUGAGGCGCGGGCUCUCUUUUUCACGGCUUUGGGUGUGAAACACCCUCAAAAUGUUGAUUUAUUUUGCUUCAGAAGUGGAAGAAUUUUAUGAGAGACCUACAUGGCUAACUCAUAGUUGCUGCCAAAAAAAUGGCCUUUUUUGUUUUAUGUUUCUCAUAAAUUGUGUGUGUUACGCAAUUGGGCCAUGUAAACGUAAUUGCGUGCGUUAUACAACCAUGUUUACGUGUCCUAUUUGGACAUUUUAUCACCCACAGAGCAGCCAAGAGACAUGAAACUGAAACUCCAAUGUGCCUUUCGCACUGGGGUGUACUGACUGGUGUGUAUCAACACUGUAACGCUUUUCAUGAAAAAAAAAAGAUGUAAAUACACGUCGCCAACAAACAUUGCGCUCCUCAAUAUCACAUAUUGUUCCUGCAAUAUGAUUAUUAGUUGUAUUAUGGUUAUUGCCAUUAAAAGGGGAGUUCAUGAUUUACCACCGCUCUCCUUCUUAUAAACUUAUCAUAUCUAGCGAGCGGUGAGUCUUGUGUACAGUAACUAGCUUUACAUGUUAGGACGUGUCUUAAAAAGCGCUGCUAGGAUGGACAACAAAGGAACUCUUGGAAGACGUGGUUCUUCCUGGGAUCCAUGAUGGACACAAGGAGUGAAGGAUCACUAAAAAGGGCGGAGUCAUGAUUUUGGUUUCCUUUUGAACUCCCAUCCAGGGAAGGAGGAACAUGUGAAACUUGUGGAUUUCCCACUGUCGUCCACUAUAUUAUGUAGCAAAAGCGAAAAUGUCCUCUGCCCCCCCCCCCCCCCCCGCCCCACCCCCCCAUUCCAUCAUCUCGCCCCAAACACCAGACGGGUCUUACGCGCCGAGCUUUUCUUGUCUUUCAGCUCGGCUUCUUCAAUUGAAUACAGUGCCAAGACAACAUUGUGUAUGUCGAAAUAUUAUUUUUGGCCGUUGUUGUCAUUUGAAAAGAAAUGAGCGGGGCGCAUAGCAAUACCAUUGGAGUAUAAAUGUCUCGUAAAUCCGGUGAAGGUGGCUCGAGAAGAUGCAUGCUUGAGAAACACUACGGUGACUUGAAGAUGUAUUGGUUGGGAUCACGGUUGAGUUUGUUGUGUUGUGUACAUACCAGUUUAUACUAUUUACUGUUAAAAAAAAAAAAGUCAUGGCUCUGGAUGUGUCCAAAGAGUCCAUCUGAAAGCCCAGAGUGAUGGCACACUGUGACGUGGUUUAUACCCCAACACAGAAUGUAACACGGUCUACGUUGUUGAAACAUUUUCUAAAGGCUAAUAUUAUUACAAUUAAUAUGAUGAUUACUAUAAAGCUAUUUUAGCCAGUGAAACGA